AUGUACCGUCAAAUUCUUGUUGACGCGCGCGACUUGAUCUAUCAGCACAUUUUGUGGCAACUCGAUCCCGAGGGUUCGCUGAUCGACUUCGAGUUACUCACCCUGACUUAUGGAAUGGCGUGUGCUCCUUUCCUCGCGUUACGUGUCAUUAAACAACUGGCCUCCGAUGAAGGGUCCCGAUUUCCGCGAGCCGCUUUGAUCCUCCUCGAGAAAAUCUACGUCGACGACGUUGUCUUCGGAGACGACGAUCCCGAGAUCUUGCGACAGAUCCGCGAUCAGCUCAUCGAGCUGUUACGUCGAGGAGGAUUUGAAUUGCGAAAAUGGGCCAGCAACGCACAGGUAGCAUUGUCGUUCCCUGCCGAGCCUCCGUCGACGAAACGAUCCAUUCUGUCCAACAUUGCAAAGAUCUAUGAUCCGCUCGGGUGGGUGACUCCUGUCACCAUCACCGCCAAAAUCCUCAUGCAGCAACUGUGGCGUGAGAAGAUCGAGUGGGAUGCGGGCGUUCCCGAGCCGCUCCUGACUCGAUGGCGACAAAUUUAUUCGAAGUUGUCCGCCCUCCACGAUGUGAAGCUCGUCCGCUGGAAUUCUUUAGGCCCGGACGUCGUUCAGUCGGAGCUGCACGGAUUCGCUGACGCCUCUAACGUCGCUUACGCUGCCGUCGUAUAUUUGCGUACUGUCGACCGCUCCGGCGCCGUGACUGUGACGCUCCUGGCCGCCAAGUCAAGGGUCGCUCCGCUGAAGACUCUCACCGUUCCGCGGUUGGAACUUUCCGCCGCUGUUCUCCUCUCGAAACUGCUGCGUUUCGUUCUUGUUCUGGCCUGGCUGUGCACCCAUCCAUCGCGGUGGAAAACAUUCGUCGCGAACCGCGCUGCGGAGAUCCAGUCUCAUUUGCCCGGAGUCAAAUGGCGGCAUGUGCCGACCGCGGAGAAUCCGGCGGACUGCGCCUCUCGCGGACUCCUCGGCGAUGAGCUGAUUCCUCACCCGCUGUGGUGGCGCGGGCCUCCGUGGUUGCAUCGCGGGGUCGACACAUGGUCUGAGACCGACGCGUCGUUCGCGGAAACUGAACCUCUCGAGGCAAAGCCCACCUGUCUUCAUGCAAAUGAGGCAAUCGACUCGUCGGAGAUCGCUUCACGCUUCUCGUCUUGGCCAAAAUUGAUCCGGGUCACCGCUUAUAUAUUCCGAUUCAUCGCGAGGUGCCGACGAGCCGCCGUUAAUCCACCGGAUUGUUCAAGUCUCGCGCUCUCCGGUUCGGAAUGUCUCGCAGCGAGAACAUUUUGGCUUCGUCGCGUCCAGGCUGAGAUUUUUUCGACCGAGAUAUCGUCUCUGAAGGCGAACCGCGGCCUCUCGCCGAAGAGUCCGAUUCUCGCUCUUAGCCCUUUUCUUGAUCGGGACGGGUUGCUUCGCGUUGGUGGGCGGUUGAGUCGCGCUCCGAUACCAUUUAACAUGCAACAUCCUCUUCUUCUCGCAUCGCAUCCGAUCGCUCGGCUCAUUGUCGACCAGGCUCACAAGAGAUCGCUUCACGCCGGUGUACAGCUCACGAUGAGCACAUUGCGAAGGGAAUUCUGGAUCAUCCACGCGCGAAGCUUCGUUCGAUCCAUUCUUGCCAAAUGCGUUAUUUGCGCUCGAGAACGUGCGGCUGUUCCGUCACAAUUAAUGGGAGACCUUCCGGCUGUCCGCGUAUCCGCCCCUGCUCGUUGUUUUUUGCACGUUGGACUGGAUUACGCCGGCCCGGUUCUCACACGCGCAUCACCUGGCCGCGGAAUAGCGACGCGCAAAUCAUACAUCGUUUUGUUUAUUUGUCUGGCCACGCGAGCCAUUCACUUAGACUCGGUGUCGGAUUAUUCGACGUCGGCCUUUUUGGCUGCAUUUUCUCGAUUCUGCUCGCGACGAGGGCUUCCAGCCUCAAUUUACUCAGACAACGGCACUACAUUUGUCGGGGCGGAUCGCGAAUUAUCGCUUGCGUUCCGUGCUGCGCUUAGUGAUCCAGAAUUCCGCAAUUACAUCGCCACCGAUCGCAUUUUAUGGCAUUUCAUCCCUCCAGCUGCUCCUCACUUUGGAGGACUGUGGGAGGCUGGCGUGAAAAGCCGUCCGAUUGCGCCGCUCAGUGACUCGCUCGACGAAUACGACGGUCUCACCCCCGGGCAUUUCAUAAUCGGGUCCGCGAUCACCGCGGUCCCCGAGCCGUCGCUGCUGACCAUCAACGAGAACCGUCUUUCCCGAUGGCAACGAGUUCGCCAGAUGCACGAGCGUUUCUGGAAGUUAUGGUCUUCCGAUUACGUAAACACGCUCCAGCGACGACAAAAAUGGAGAAAUCCGCAACAAUCCUUGAAAAUCGGUCAGCUGGUGCUUCUCCGGAACGCUUCGUUGCCACCGGGAAAGUGGGAAUUGGGACGCAUUACCCAAUGUCAUCCCGGCGCGGACGAAUGCGUUCGCGUAGUGACUGUCAAGACGGCAGCCUCUGAAUUUAAACGACCAAUUGUCAAACUGUGCGUCCUGCCUGUCGACUGCGAGGCAACUUCGCCUUAA